AUGAAUGUUGAAAAGUCAGAUGACAAAGCAAAGAAUGGCUUGAAGUCUUCCUUACUUAUAAGGGAUGAAAAUGGAAAUAACUACGCGUGUGGCAGAGCUACGCCUUCUUCAAAGAGCUGUGCCACCAAGACACAUUGUAGUUCAACUGACCAAAGUAUGGUGACUGAGCACGAAGAUGAAACGGUUCUUGAAACGAGAAGUGACUUCAGAAGUAUUCUUUUAAAACAGCAGUGUCUUGAAGCACUUAAUCUGCAGGAGACACCUGGUAAAUACAACUGCGCAGGAGCUCUGCUGGGAGAUGCAGAUGCUGCAUGCAAGUCUUCUGUGACUGAGCAGACUUGUGUGUAUCCUUUGAACUGUGACCUGAAAGAAACGACAAACUUACUGAAAGGUGAUGUUGCUACGGCAAAAAUGCAAAAUCAGAGCACCAAACAAUCAGUGCCUUACAGUCAGGCUGACUCUAAAUGUGUAUUACCUCUUCCUGCUUCAGAGCAGAUCACGCAGCCCCUGGCAAAGGACAGGGCACGAGGCCGUCUGAGCCCGUUGGAUGUGACUCACGUUAUAGGUGAAUCUCUGGGAACUGAUCAAAAUGAUGACAUGCAUCUGAGGGAAACGCCAGUCUCUUCUGAAGUAUGUGCAAGAGAGGAACUCAACAGAACCAGCUCAGAAAGAAGACCUGACUUCUCCUAUACGAUAAUGGCUUCAGAAAGCCCAGAUGCCUAUUCAGAACUUGAAGUGUAUCAUCCUGCCUCUGGAGGUGUCAAACGCUAUGUUAAAAACACUAAUGAGACUGAUAAAGCAUUACAGGAAACAGAAGCACAGCAUGUAAAACUAGCUGCUGGAUGUAUAGAUCCUUAUAGGCGAGAUGCAUUAUCACCAUACAUUAAUAUUAAUGAAGACGACCAAGUGAAAUCCUUGCAGGAUACCCCUGACCUUGAUGCAACUGGGAAUUUCAAUGCUGAAACAUGCAUGGAUAUUCCUGUAAAUAACGUGCACCUUCUCCCAGUAAAUAAAAUGGAUGGAGAACAAGUAUCAAAGGAAAGCGGUGAACCCUUAACCAAAGAACAAAGUAGCUCUGGAAAUGCUGCUCCUCAGGAUAUGCACAACGCCCCUUUCAUACCUUGCAGUGUACCAAAAUUAAAGAGGACUGUUAUGCCCGACCUGAAAUGUGAAGCAACUUUUGUGGUCUUCAGUCCUAUGGCUGAUGAAAGAGAUUCUGCUCUGUGUACUUCAACCCCUAAAGAACAAUCGAAAAAUACAACUUUCUGUGUUUCGACUUUGACAGAACUUGGCGGCAAGUCUCCUAAACUAAGACGAAACGAGGCAUUUGUAGGAGGGCACAACAGAAGGCCUUUGCUUAAAGCUAGUUCAGGUCAAACUGCCGGAAAACCAGCGGCCAGGUCUCCUACUGUGUCAACAAUAACCAAAGCGAAGAAGUCGGAGAUUGUUAGUUUUCCCAAACCUAAUUUCAAAAAUGUUAAGCCAAAGGUUAUGUCUAGGCCCGUGCUACAGUCAAGAGACAGCGCAGCCUUAAAACAGUCUCCCCAGUCUCCCCAGCUACUGGCUGGCUCCUCGUCUUCGCUGGCUGCUUACCCAAGGCAAUUGUCCCCCUCUGUGAAACUGCUGAAAAAGAAAAUAGAUCUAGGAAAGGAUACUAAAGUGGAAUCGCCUGUGAAGAAGCCCCAUAAGCUGCAUCUCAGCAAACAGCUCUUCGCGAGCCCGGUCAUACGUGCCACAACGCAUCCCAGGAGCGCUUCCCACAAGGCUUCAAAGACACCCGCGUCGAAGCAGGAUCCAGAAGACGCUGGCAGAGCAAGCUCUACCCACUCGGCGUGCUCCUCGGUUCCUGCUGUGCUUCCAACGGGCGCCGAAAGCUCGGAGGAGAUGCUGAACGAUAAAAUGGAAAGUUCAAACUCCUUAAUGCAGCCCUGCGCUCAAAACAUCUGUCCGCCUGGAGGUGAAAAAGAGCAGAACAGCAACAUGGGAAUUCUUCUGGAAGCAGCCUUGUCAAAAGAUGUGGCAAAUGAGACGUUUGACCUGCGCUCUGCUCCUUUGAUGCCUUCUGUGAAAGAUGGGACAACACCAGGGAGAAACACGCCGAAGCAGGGCACAGUCACGCUACGAAGUGCAUCGGCUCCCAAGGUUAAAACAGUGCCAUCUGUGUUGCCCUUGAAGAGAGGAUGUGAAAAUAAAACCAUCUGCACAGUUAAAGCACCUCCUCACAAAGGAGCUGUUCUGUCAUCGAGCUCUGGUCCAGGAGCUUUGCCAAGGGAGAAGCAUGCCUCUCUGAAGAGUUCUCCAGCCUCGUGGGCUAGCUCCGGUAAACUGCUCGCCAAAUCCCAAGUGCCUGUCAAGAGACCAGUGCUGGAGAGAACACCUAGCAUCUCGUCAGUCAGCAGCACUCAGAGCGAGCAGAGUCUUUUCAGCAGUAAUGCUGCAAGUGCCACAGUCAUCAUCAAGAAUGGAGAAUGGCCUUCGAAACCAGCCUGCCAGAACGGUACCCCAAGGUCUGUCCCUGCGAAAGCGGUACCGAGGCCUAGAUUACACUCGUUGAAGUCGGCUCCAAAAGGAGCCAAGGCCAGGCAUGCUUCACUGAACCAGUGCAUACCAAAGUCAUCUGGACCACUCCACUCAGCAAGGAAAGUCAGUGAGGCUAGAGGUACUGCUGGAAGAAAUGGACACCAAAGCCUAUCUUGUUUGGGUUCUGUUGACAAGGGCAAGCAGCGGAGUCCCAGGAGCUCCUGCGUACAGACUCCAGCCUCCACAGAUGUGCAUCCGCCUGGCACAAAAACAGCCGAGUUGACGCAGUACAAAGCAAAAUGCGAGACCCAAAGUGGAAUCAUCCUGCAGCUGAAAAAAUUCCUAAUCAGCGGGAACCAGAAGUUUGAAGCGUUAACAGUUGUGAUCCAGCACCUGCAGUCUGAGAGGGAGGAAGCACUGAAACAGCGAAAAGAGUUAUCGCAAGAACUAGUUAACCUUCGAGGAGAACUAGUAACCACUUCUGCAGCUUGUGAGAAAUUGGAGAGAGACAGGAACGAACUGCAAGCUGCUUAUGAAGGAUUUCUGCAGAAGCUAAACCAGCAACAUCACAACGAUUUAGCUGAGCUGGAGGAGAGGCUGAAACAGUUCUACACUGCGGAAUGCGAGAAACUCCAGAGCAUCUGCAUUGAAGAAGCUGAAAAGUACAAAGCGCAGCUCCAGGAGCAGGUGGACAACUUAAAUAUCACCCAUGAAAACUUCAAGCUGGAACUUGAAAAUAACCACUUGGAAAAAGUAGAGGAGCUGAAAAAGGAGUACGAAUCCUCUUUUUCAGAGCUCAAGAGUGCCCAUGAAUCCGAAAGGAGGUCGCUGGAAGAUUCCUUUAAAGAGAAGCAGGAAUUGCUGGAGAAAAAAAUCGAUGAAUUAAAAUGUGAAAACGACUCUCUGAGUGAGAAGUUGAAAUUAGAAGAGCAAAAACAAAUAGCCAAAGAAAAAGCCAAUCUUAAAAACCCGCAGAUCAUGUAUCUGGAACAGGAGCUGGAAAGCCUGAAAGCAGUGCUGGAGAUCAAGAACGAGAAACUCCAUCAGCAGGAUAUAAAGCUAAUGAAGAUGGAAAAACUGCUGGAGAACAACACAAUCUUAACGGAUAAAUUAAAGAAGGUUCAGCAAGAAAACGAAGAAUUAAAGGCUCGGAUGGACAAACAUGUGGAGCUUUCAAGGCAGCUUUCUACGGAGCAAGCCGUCUUACAGGAGUCGCUAGAGAAGGAAUCAAAAGUUAACAAACGCCUGUCCAUGGAAAAUGAAGAACUUCUGUGGAAGUUGCACAAUGGUGACCUAUGCAGCCCGAGAAAACUGUCUCCCAGUUCUCCAUCCGUGCCUCUUCAGUCCCCACGGAAUUCUGGUAACUUCUCUAGCCCUGCAGUUUCACCAAGAUGACAUCUCAAGAGAGGGGGGAUUGCAUUUCAUUUCUGACCUGCAGAACCGAUCCUAACUUUAAUUACAGAAGCAAGAGCUAUAUUAGCCAAGUACAACAACUAAAGAUAACUGGAAGCCAUUUGGUGCAAAAACGACAGCAAGAGACGGAGAGUGUGGGAGUCAGAUGUUCGUGUUGCUCCUCCCAAAAAGACUUGUUUGUGACCUCUAUGGACAUUGUUGCACACAGCACUUACAGAGCAAGGAAAAGACUUGUUUGUUGCCUUUUCACCUAACGAUAAGAAAAAGCUCAGGGGCUUAGAGAUAAAGAUCACAACCUUUAUAGUAUGUUCCUUAUCACAGACACUUUUUUUUUUAAAGGCCGUGUGUGUGCGAGUGUGCGUGUGCUGUGGAUGGAACGGAUGUAACACACUGUGCGUGUGUCUGACGCUGCCUUCUUUGCUGUGUACCUAAUAAAGGAAAAAAAGCUGAAGACUA